GGUCGACGGGCGAUCAAGAAGGCCCGUGGCCUAGGUCAAUGGCCCACAUUGCACUUGGUGGGCGCGUUGGCCUAUCAUCUCCUCAAGUGGGAGAGUGAACGUCGUAAUUUGUGGUAGAGGGGGUACGCGUUCGCGCGGCCCCUGCCAAUUCUGUAAAAUUAAAAUUUGGUCCUUGAGGCCGGGCGCUUCGCAGUUUAUUCUUGAGGUCUGAAAGGUCCCUGUAAAUUUUCAUUUUCAUCCUGUAGACCUUGUUCCUACGACCCACAAUUUAUCUUUAUAGUCCAUGAGGAGGUAUUAUUUCUGUAUUGUAACUUUUCAUUCGAGACCCUACAGCUGCUAUUGUUUUCUCUUUCUUUUCAUUGCAUACAGAAAAGUAGAAUUAAGGUGCGAAUUUCUUGAAGAGAAAGAAUUCUGCAGAAAUAUUUAGGUCUUGUUGGAUCUCAAUCCAAAAGCGUACACAGAGGGAGGAAGAUUUGAUUUGGGGGAGGAUUGAUGGCGCGAAGCGUGUCGUACGUAUCGGCGGCGAAACUGGUGUCCAUGGCGCGGGGGAACCGGGUGGCCGUCAUCGACGUCAGGGAUGAGGAGAGGAGCUAUCAGGCGCACAUCGCGGGGUCGCACCACUUCGCCAGCGGCAGCUUCGCGGCGCGGAUGCCGGAGCUCGUGCUGGCCACCAGCGGCAAGGACACCCUCGUCUUCCACUGCGCGCUCAGCCAGGUGCGAGGUCCGUCCUGUGCUCGGAUGUUUUCAGACUAUCUAUCAGAGUCCAAGGAAGAUUCGGGGAUAAAGAACAUCAUGGUGCUUGAACGUGGGUUCAAUGGAUGGGAGAUUUCUGGCCAACCCGUGUGCCACUGCAAAGAUGCUCCUUGCAAAGGCACAUGCUCUUGAUCCUCUGGGCUACCAUCUGGUCCAUUUCUAUUCAGCUUUUGAAUGAUCUGCGAUUCAGCAUCGCUGCUGAGCUGGUCCUUUCUCAUUGAGACGCUGAUGCAUAACAAUCCAUUGAAUUCCGCAAUGGCAUGUCUUGAAACAUUUCAUUUACAAAUACAUGACAUCUUUUUUCAGAUGAUAUAUGUAUACGGUAUAUCUAAACUGUUACAUGCAUA